AAUGAAUAAAAAUGAAAAAUUAAGACUCAAACAUCUAAGUGAUUCGAGACUUUCUAGGACAAGAUCAAAUUUAAUUGAAGCGAGAGAUCUAGACGAAAAUAGUUGCAAAGAUGAAUUUUCUAGUAGUUCGGAAAGGAAACUUUUAGAGGAGAAGGUUGAAAAGGAACUGUCUAGAACAAAGUCAAUACAGAGUAUUCAAAGUACUGCAAGCAAGGUUAGUAGAAAAAGUGAGAGAAUUUCAACGUUAAGGAUAAAAACUAGAACAGAAAUAUUAGAACAAAAUCAAUUUCUUUCGGAUUACGACGCCGAAAAAGAGCUACAAUCUAAAAAUGAUACUCUUCUGGCAAAAGUUAGAAUCAAUGCUUCAAAAGCAUCACAAUCAAUGAUUCCUUUCCUUAAACAUUACGAAGAUAAUAUAUUUUCACAAAUGGAAGACAGAAGUUUAUUUUCUUGGGAAUUUUGUAAACUUUACCAAUUUUUCGAAAUGAAUAAAUUAAGAGAAGAUAUUAUUAAAUCUAUUAUGGAAGCUAAUCGUCUCUUAUCUUCAUUAUCCGCAAAUGCAACAAUAGUAGAAAAUCUAUAUGUAAAUAGUCCAAGUAAGUUAAUAAUGCAAGAUUAA